AUCUUUUCUCCACUCUGUCCUUUUCCAGCCAGGACUGUGUGGCACGUAGACCUACAGCCACCUUCUUCUCUCUUUCUCUCCCUCUCUCCCCCUCUCGCUCCCUUUUUCUUGACUGCCUCUCUGCCGGAACACCAGUGUCAUGGAUCCACAGGCCCUGAAGGAAGAACUUCGCUUGUUCCAGAGCACACUGCUGCAGGAUGGCCUGAAGGAGCUUCUCAAUGAGAACAAGUUUGUAGACUGCACUCUGAAAGUGGGCGACCACUGUCUGCCUUGUCACCGGCUCAUUCUGGCCGCCUGCAGUCCCUACUUCAGGGAUCAGUUCUUCUCUGAAGACGGAAAGGUCAAAGAGGACCUCAAAGAAGUGGUCUUAGAUGACGUGGACCCCAACAUCCUGGAAAUGAUCGUCAAGUACCUGUACUCUGCCGAGAUCGAGCUCACCGAUGACAAUGUUCAGGAGAUUUUUGCGGUUGCCAACCGCUUCCAGAUCCCGUCCGUGUUCACGGUGUGUGUGAACUACCUGCAGAAGAAGCUCUCCUUGGCCAACUGUCUGGCCAUCUUCAGGCUGGGCCUGGUGCUAAAUGUCCCACGGCUGGCUGUGGCUGCACGUGAUUAUACUGCAGAUCGCUUUGAGAGCCUCGUCAACGAGGAGGAAUUCCUACAGUUGGCACCACAUGAGCUCUUCGCCCUGAUUGGUGGAGACAUGCUGAACGUAGAGAAGGAGGAAGUGGUGUUUGAGUCUCUAAUGAAAUGGGUGCGUAAUGACAAGGAAAAGCGUGCCAAGGUGCUUAGCGAUGCGUUUGAGUACAUUCGCUUCCGCCUGCUCCCUGAGAAGUACAUCAAAGAAAGAAUCGAAACUGAUGAACUCAUCAGAGCUGAUCCAGAAGUCAUGAAAAAACUGCAGAUCAUCAAGGAUGCCUUCAAAGGGAAACUUCCAGAGAAGAAAAAGAAGGAAAUGAAAGAAGGAGAAGUGAAUGGAGAAGUGGAGGAAGAGGAAUUGUUGCCAGGAUACCUGAAUGACAACCGCAGACUGGGGAUGUACAGACGGGAUUUGAUCGUCAUGGUAACUGACGCAGCUGCAGUGGCAUAUGACGUUGUAGAGAAUGAAUGCUUCCUGGUGGCCAUGGCAGAGCAGGUACCAAAGAACCACGUGAGCCUGUGCUCCAGAAAAAAACAGCUUUUCAUCAUCGGUGGGCUGUUUGUGGAUGAGGACAAUAAAGAAACACCACUUCAGUGCUACUUUUACCAGCUGGACAGCCUUAUAGCUGAUUGGCUUGCCUUGCCACCAAUGCCGAGCCCCAGAUGUCUGUUCGGUAUGGGUGAGCAUGAAACUCUGCUGUUCGCUAUUGGUGGAAAAGACCUGCAGACUAACGAGUCCCUUGAUUCUGUCAUGUGUUAUGACACUGAGAAGAUGAAAUGGAGUGAGACUAAGAAACUUCCUCUCCGCAUCCAUGGCCAUGCAGUAGUCUCACAUAAUGGCCUGAUAUACUGCAUUGGAGGAAAGACUGAUGAUAAUAAAGCUUUAAACAAGCUGUUCGUAUAUAACCACAAGCAGUCAGAGUGGAGGGAGCUCGCUGGUAUGAAGACUGCCAGAGCGAUGUUUGGUGCUGUUGUGCACAACGGGAAUAUCAUUGUAACUGGAGGAGUUAAUGAGGAAGGUCUAACUGCUGCAUCUGAAAUCUACAAUUUUGGAACAAACAAGUGGAGCAUGUUCACAGAAUUCCCACAGGAACGCAGCUCUGUCAACCUUGUGAGCUGCAGUGGAAAUCUCUACGCCAUCGGAGGCUUCGCCAUCGUGCAGCUGGAGAACAAAGAAGUUGAACCCUCAGAAAUCACUGAUAUUUGGCAAUACGAGGAUGACAAGAAGCAGUGGAGUGGGAUGUUAAGAGAGAUGCGCUAUGCAUCUGGAGCAUCGUGUGUUGCAAUGCGUCUCAAUGCUGCCAGGAUGCCUAAGCUAUAAUGUUCCUCUGCGUAACUACAGGGUUAGGAUUAGGGUUAAGGUUAGGGUUAGGGUGAAGUUAGGGUUAGGGUUAGGUUUAGGGUGAAGUAAGGGUU